AUGAACACUCUACCCUCCGUAUUCCUUCAGAGAAGCUUCCGCUCUUCGCUAGCCACCUCAGUAUUCUGCCGCGCAUCCCGAAUUGUCAUCACAGUCCCGCCCCAGACGGCCCACCGCACCUUUUCCGCAUCCGCUGUCGUCGCCAUGGCGCAAGAGUUCAAGCUCAAGUCGGUGACGUCGUUGGAUCUCAAGCCAGGUGACAAGCAGGAAGUCGAGGUCGAGGGCAUCGACGAGACCAAGGUACUCCUGCUCAAUGCCGGAGGACAGAUUCAGGCCAUCGGGCCCAAGUCAUGCUUUAACGGCAAGACGGGCGACGUCGAAGACGCGCCUGCUCUCGAUGCCCUCCCUGUCUUCAAAGUCGUCGAGCGCGACGGCGCCGUCUACAUAACCGGCGAGAAGGACACCAUCAAGGCCGGCAGGAGGAAGCCGCCAUUCAAGUGCAGCGCCCAGACCGGCGCCCAGGCUGACAGGGUGGUCGUCGUGGGCGGCGGCUCUGGGGCCAUCGGCGCCGUCGAAGGCCUGCGCGAGAAGGGCUUCCAGGGCCCCAUCACCAUGAUCUCCUCCGAGGGCUACCUGCCCAUCGACCGGCCCAAGCUAUCCAAGGCCCUGAUGACCGACCUCGACAAGUUGCAGUGGCGCGACGCCGACUGGUUCAAGUCCGGCAGCGUCGAGGUCGUCGAGGACGAGGUCACGGGCGUCGACUUUGCGGCCAAGCGCGUGACGACCAAGAAGGGCGAGAACUACGCCUACACCAAGCUCAUCCUCUCCACCGGCGGCGUGCCCAAGAACCUGCCGCUGCAGGGCUUCAAGGUCCUCGGCAACAUCUUCACGCUGCGCACGGUGCACGAUGUCAAGAAGAUCGUCGCCGCCAUCGGCGACAAGGGCAAGAAGAUCGUCAUCGUCGGCUCCUCCUUCAUCGGCAUGGAGGUCGCCAACGCCACGGCCAAGGACAACACCGUCACCGUCGUCGGCAUGGAGAAGGUCCCGCUCGAGCGCGUCCUGGGCGAGCAGGUGGGCGCCGUGGCACAAAAGGGCCUCGAGAAGAACGGCGUCAAGUUCUACAUGUCGGCGGGCGUUGACAAGGCCGAGCCGUCGACCUCGGACCCGUCCCUCGUCGGCAGCGUGCACCUCAAGGACGGCACCAAGCUCGAGGCCGACCUCGUCAUCCUGGGCGUCGGCGUGGCGCCGGCCACCGAGUUCCUCCGGAGCAACAGCGUCGUGCGCCUCGAGGGCGACGGCUCCCUCAAGACGGACGAGAACUUCUCCGUCGUGGGGCUCAAGGACGUCUACGCCGUCGGCGACAUCGCCACGUACCCCUACCACGGCCCCGGCGGCGACGGCCGCUACACGCGGAUCGAGCACUGGAACGUGGCCGGCAACGCGGGCCGCACGGCGGCGAGCCACAUCGUCAACCCGUCGCUCAAGGCGCAGUUCUUCACGCCCGUCUUCUGGUCGGCCCUCGGCGCGCAGCUGCGCUACUGCGGCAACACGGGCGCCAGCGGCUGGGACGACGUCGUCGUCCAGGGCAGCCUGGACGCGGGCAGCUGGGCCGCCUUCUACACCAAGGGGGAGACCGUCGUCGCGGUGGCGACCAUGGGCAAGGACCCCGUCAUGAGCCAGUGCGCCGAGCUCAUGAGGCUCGGUAACAUGCCGGGCAAGAAGGCGCUGCAGGACGGUACGGAUGUUCUGAGCCUUGGCCCGCCUGCGUAA